UGAAACCCUUACACUCUGCAAAAUUCAAGAUCGGAUUUUUAAGGUAGCACAGCGCAGCAGGAAAAAUCAACAAUGGAGUCCGCCGCGCUAUCUCAAAUCGGCCUCGCCGGGCUCGCCGUGAUGGGCCAAAACCUCGCCCUCAACAUCGCCGAGAAAGGGUUCCCAAUCUCCGUCUACAACCGCACAAUCUCCAAAGUCGACGAAACCCUAGAUCGGGCCCACCGCGAAGGGCAGCUCCCACUCACCGGCCACUACAACCCCAAAGACUUCGUCCUCUCGAUCAAGAAGCCCCGCUCAAUCAUCAUCCUCGUCAAGGCCGGCGCCCCCGUCGACCAGACCAUCGCCGCCCUCUCCGCCCACAUGGAGCCCGGCGACACCAUCAUCGACGGCGGCAACGAGUGGUACGAGAACACCGAGCGCCGCAUCGUCGACGCCUCCGCCAACGGCCUCCUCUACCUCGGGAUGGGCGUCUCCGGCGGCGAGGACGGCGCCCGUAACGGACCCUCCCUCAUGCCCGGCGGCUCCCACCGCGCCUACCUCAACAUCCACGGCAUCCUCGACAAGGUCGCCGCCCGGGACGACGGCCCCUGCGUCACCUACAUCGGCGAAGGAGGGUCCGGCAAUUUCGUCAAAAUGGUGCACAACGGAAUCGAGUACGGCGAUAUGCAGCUGAUUUCGGAAGCCUACGAUGUGUUGAAAAACGUUGGGGGCUUGAGCAACGAUGAGCUGGCAGAGAUUUUCGAGGAGUGGAACCGCGGCGAACUCGAGAGUUUCUUGAUCGAGAUCACGACCGAUAUUUUCAAGGUGAAAGAUCUCGAAACGGGCAACGGGCAUUUAGUGGACAAAAUCCUGGACAAAACCGGGAUGAAGGGUACCGGAAAAUGGACCGUGCAGCAAGCGGCCGAGCUCUCAAUCGCCGCCCCCACGAUCGCCGCCUCACUGGACAGUCGGUACAUGAGCGGCUUGAAGGAGGAGAGAGAAGCUGCAUCAGAGAUUUUCAAGAACGAAGGGUUGAAAGAGGAGAUCGAAAAUGUGGGCGACGUGGACAAGAAAAGAUUGAUCGACGAUGUUAGGCAAGCGCUCUACGCGUCGAAAAUUUGCAGCUACGCACAAGGGAUGAACUUGUUGAGGGCAAAGAGUAUGGAGAAGGGUUGGGGUUUGAAUUUGGGGGAGUUGGCUAGGAUUUGGAAAGGAGGUUGUAUUAUCCGGGCGGUUUUCUUGGAUAGGAUUAAGCAGGCUUAUCAGAGGAAUCCGGGAUUGGCUAACUUGUUGGUCGACCCCGAAUUCGCUCGGGAAAUGGUGCAGAGGCAAUCGGCAUGGAGGAGAGUUGUCGGGGUGGCUAUACAGAAGGGGGUUAGCGUACCCGGAAUGUCUGCGAGUUUGCAGUAUUUCGAUACGUACAGGCGCGGGAGACUCCCUGCGAAUCUUGUGCAGGCGCAGAGGGACUAUUUCGGUGCGCAUACCUACGAGAGAAUUGAUCUGCCGGGGGCGUACCAUACAGAGUGGUCCAAGCUUGCUAGAAAUGCCAAACUGUAGGUGGGGAGUGCUAUUUAUGUAUCGAGAUGGUAUGAUUUGGUUAUUUCUUAUUGUUUUGAGUUUCGGUUAUUUUCUUGAAGGGUUUUUAAUUUGAAAUUUGAGUUGAUGAGGAUUUCGUUGUUCGAAAAAAGAAAUUACUUUUGUAGGGGUUCUGCAUUGUUUGUGUAUGCAGUUAAAUAAGAUGGGAAUGCCUUUUCGAACGAUAUUAUUCUAUACGGGCUGUCCUUUGUGAUCUGUUUGGCAUUCUAUGAUGUUUAUGUUUUAGCCUUUUAUUGUCA